AUGUCGGCCAAUGAAAGCAGUUGCUCUAGGGAGCAUUCGCGCCAGGCACGGAAGAUCAUUGCUAAGAGCGUCUACCCGUUCCUGGAUAAAGACCCGGCGCUGGCUAUCCCUCUAGCAUGCCCGCUCCACCCAGAGCUCGACGUAUUCAAGGACCAGGAGUUGCACAAGAGAUUGGUGCCAGGAAAAUUGGAUACUUUUCAGUGUGGCUACUGCCAGAAGCAAUUCAAGACGGAGUUCUACAUGGACAGGCACAUGGACAACAAACACGCGGACCGGCUGAACCUCGCCGGAAGCGACGCUAUCGGCCACGGCAUUGAACCGGCACCCGGGCGCUGCCUCGGCGACCUGUGCCCGGAGCUGGGGUGCGGUGACUAUGCCGCGGACUCCUGUAGCGUGGAGAUCCACGCCGGUGGCGGAUCGUCGUUGGGCACGGGCGCGGGGACGAUCAGGAGGGGGUGCGGGGCCUGUGACCCCGCGGACAUGGAGCGGAGGAGACGCCGGUGCAGGGCGCUGUUCCACGGUUGCUUCGACGACUCAACUGGCAGCGCCGGUUCUGACGGAGGCAUUGUUGAUGCGGGACCUGGACGAGAAACCGGGGGUUUCGGAAGCACCGGCGAUUAUUUUGUGCGACAGGAUCCUUGGUCUUCCUCUGUGUCUUUGUCUGUCGAGCUGGGGUCUCGAGAUCGGGUCUUGGGCUAG